AUGGUUUUGGAUGACCUUCCAAACUUAGAAGAUAUUUAUACUUCCUUGUGCUCACCAACAAUGGAAGACUCAGAGAUGGAUUUUGACUCUGGAUUGGAAGAUGAUGUCUCAAAACAUGACAAUAUUUUGGGGGAUUCUACUAUCUUUAUGGCUUUCAAAGGAAAUAUAGAUGAUAUAGACUUGAAAUGGAAAUUGGAUACCAUUUUGGAGAAUGUUCCCAGUCUUUUGCACAUGGAAUCCAAAAAGCUCAAAGUACAGAAAGUGGAACCUUGGAACAGUGUCCGUGUUACAUUUAGCAUCCCCCGGGAAGCUGCGGAGCGGUUACGAAUUCUGGCUCAGAACAACAAUCAGCAACUCCGAGACUUGGGAAUUCUCUCCGUUCAGAUUGAAGGUGAAGGUGCAAUCAACCUGGCUCUAGCUCAGAACCGAAGUCAAGAUGUUCGAAUGAAUGGUCCCAUGGGAGCUGGGAAUUCUGUUAGAAUGGAGACAGGAUUUCCUAUGGCAAGUGGCCCAGGAUUAAUAAGGAUGAACAAUCCUGCAGCUGUUAUGAUGUCACAAGGUGGAAAUGUAUCUUCUUCCAUGAUAGCAGCUGGUGCUAACCCAGAGCUGCAAACCAGAGCACCUCGACCUGCUUCACAGUCAGAUUCAGUGGAUCCUCUCCUCUCUGGGCUUCCUCUACAGCAACAGAGUCAUACCUCAGGGUCUUUGGCUCCUCAACUCCACCAAAUGCAGCCUGUUCCAGUUAAUAGACAAAUAAAUCCACCUAAUUUUCAGCAGCUUCAACAACAGCAGCAGAUGCAACCUAGACCCCCACAGCAACAUCAGCAGCAGCAGCCACAGGGUAUUCGGCCUCCUUUUACUGCCCCUACUCAGGUGCCUGUGCCUCCUGGCUGGAACCAGUUGCCUUCUGGAGCUCUUCAACCUCCACCAGCCCAGGGUGCUCUGAGUACAUUGACAACAAACCAAGGGUGGAAAAAGGCUCCUCUUCCUGGUCCCAUGCAGCAGCAGCAGCUCCAGGCAAGGCCAUCUCUAGCCACAGUACAGACUCCUUCCCACCCUCCACCUCCAUAUCCUUUUGGAAGCCAGCAAGCCUCACAGUCCCACACGAACUUCCCUCCAAUGAGCAACCCAGGUCAAUUUACUGCUCCUCAAAUGAAGAGCCUUCAAGGGGGUCCUUCCCGGGUUCCUACACCACUUCAGCAGCCUCACUUAACGAACAAGUCUCCUGCCUCGUCUCCCUCCUCCUUUCAGCAGGGAUCUCCUGCAUCAUCUCCAACAGUUAACCAAACACAGCAGCAGAUGGGACCAAGGCCACCUCAAAACAACCCUCUUCCUCAAGGAUUUCAGCAGCCUGUUACUUCUCCUGGUCGAAAUCCUAUGGUUCAGCAGGGAAAUGUGCCACCCAACUUCAUGGUGAUGCAACAACAAAAUCAGGGUCCACAGGGUUUACAUCCAAGUCUAGGAGGAAUGCCUAAACGGCUCCCACCUGGCUUCUCGACAGGACAGGCCAAUCAGAAUUUUAUGCAAGGCCAAGUGCCUUCAACAGCCGCUGGAACCCCUGGAAACACAGGAACCCCUCAGCUACAAGGAAACCAGAGUGUACAACACACAGGUGGCCAAGGAGCUGGUCCUCCCCAGAAUCAGAUGCAAGUAUCACAUGGGCCACCAAAUAUGAUGCAGCCCAGUAUGAUGGGACUUCAUAGCAAUAUAGCCAGUCAACAAACUAAUAACAGUGGAGUUCCUCAGGUGACCAUGGGCAGCAUGCAAGGUCAGCCUCAGCAAGGACCCCCAUCUCAAAUGAUGGGCAUGCAUCAGCAGAUCGUGUCCUCCCAAGGACAGAUGGUGAACUCUCAGGCUCAAGGAGCCCUGAACCCUCAAAACCCAAUGAUCCUUUCUCGUGCCCAACUUAUGCCACAAGGCCAGAUGAUGGUAGCCCCUCAAAAUCAAAACCUUGGGCCUUCACCACAAAGAAUGACCCCCCCUAAACAAAUGAUUCCCCAGCAGGGCCAGCAGAUGAUGGCACCACAUAAUCAAAUGAUGGGACCUCAAGGCCAGGUCUUGCUACAGCAGAACCCAAUGAUAGAGCAAAUAAUGACCAAUCAAAUGCAAGGAAAUAAGCAACCAUUUAAUGGUCAGAACCAAUCCAAUGUUAUGACGGGACCAGCUCAGAUAAUGAGAGGACCAACUCCAAACAUGCAAGGAAAUAUGGUUCAGUUUACGGGACAGAUGGCAGGACAAAUGAUGGCCCAGCAAGGCCCCGUGAACAGCAAUCCUUCUCAGGUUAUGGGAAUUCAGGGGCAGGUUCUAAGACCAUCAGGACCUGGCUCACACAUGUCCCAGCAGCAUAAUGAUGCCACUACCCCCACAAAUAAUGAAGUCAACAUUUCCCAGAUGAUGCCUGAUGUUUCCAUGCAGCCAUCAAACAUGGUGCCACCCCACAUGCAGGCAAUGCAAGGAAACAGCACCUCAGGGAACCACUUUUCAGGCCAUGGGAUGCCUUUUAAUGCACCCUUCAGUGGAACACCAAAUGGAAAUCAGAUCUCCUGUGGUCAGAAUCCUGGUUUCCCUGUCAAUAAAGAUGUCACUUUAACAAGUCCAUUAUUAGUGAAUUUACUGCAAAGUGACAUAUCUGCCGGCCACUUUGGGGUGAACAAUAAACAAAAUAAUACAAAUGCAAAUAAACCCAAGAAGAAGAAACCACCACGGAAGAAGAAAAGUAAUCAGCAAGGAGAACUUAAUACCCCAGAUACACGCCCAGCUGGCCUUGAGGAGUCUGACCAACAAUCACUGUCUGGAGAACAAGGAAUUAACUUGGACAACACAGGCCCUAAACUCUCAGAUUUUGCAAGUAGGCCACCAGGUUAUCCAUCUCAACAAGUUGAACAAAGGCCACUACAACAGAUGCCUCCUCAACUCAUGCAGCAUGUGCCGCCAUCCCAGCAGCCACCUCCACAGCAGCCACCACCACAGCCACCUCAACCACAGCCCCCACCACCGCCCCCUACUCAGGCACAGUCACAGCAGCAGCAGCAACAAAUGAUGAUGAUGCUUAUGAUGCAGCAAGAUCCCAAAUCAGUCAGACUGCCUGUGUCCCAAAAUGUUCAUCCCACAAGGGGUCCCCUAAACCCAGAUGCACAGAGAAUGCCCAUGCAACAGAGUGGUGGUAUGUCAGUAAUGGUCAGCUUACAAGGCCCUGGCUCAGUACCACCAUCUCCCGAUAAGCAAAGGAUGCCAGUUAAUCCUCCCCUGGGAAAUAAUACAAGAAAAAUGGUAUACUCAGAUAAUAUACAGAAUCCUUCCAGUUCACCUCUGGGAGAAGUGGCAUCUCUUCCUGAAGGAAGUGGAAAUGAAGUUACUCCAGUCUCAGGGGCUUCAAAUAAUCUGGCUUCUCAUUUAGUAGUUUCUCAGAAUCAGUUAAUGAUAGCAGGGCCAAAACCAGGACCAUCUCCCCUUUCUGCUGCUACUCAAGGUGCAAGUCCACAGCAACCACCAGUUAAUUCUUUAUCUAGCUCUCAUGGUCACCAUUUUUCAAAUGUUGCUACCCCUACACAGACAUCCAGGCCUAAAACACCAAACAGGGCCAGCCCAAGGCCAUAUUACCCUCAGACACCAAACAACCGCCCACCUAGCACAGAACCUUCAGAAAUAAGUUUGUCACCAGAACGUCUCAACGCUUCUAUAGCUGGUCUCUUUCCUCCUCAGAUUAAUAUUCCUUUACCUCCCAGGCCUAAUCUGAAUAGAGGAUUUGAUCAGCAGGGUCUUAAUCCAACUACUUUGAAGGCCAUUGGGCAAGCUCCUUCAAAUCUCACUAUUAAUAAUCCUUCAAGCUUUGCUCCUCCACAGACUCAUAAGUUGGAUUCUGUUGUUGUUAAUUCUGGAAAGCAGGCUAAUGCUGGAGGAACAAAGCGAGCUAGUCCAAGCAGUAGUCGAAGGUCUAGUCCUGGGUCCAGUAGGAAAACUACACCAAGUCCAGGCAGACAAAACUCAAAAACACCAAAAUUGUCUCUGGCAUCCCAGACAAAUCCAGCUCUGAUGCAGGGUGCAGAAUUGCAAAGAAAUGUUUUGGCCAAUUCUACUUCUUUACCCACACCUGUACCUGGGAAUUUUCCUAAUAACAGCAUUCUGAAUCCACCAAAUCCAGCUGUGCCUAUGGCUGCAGUGGCUAGUAUUACUGAGGAUAACAAAGAGAGUCUUAAUGUUCCCCCGGACAAUGACUGCCAGACUGCCCCAGGUAAUAAAGAGCAGGCAAAUGUUGAGCUAAAAGCCAUUCCUGUCCAAGAAAUGAAGAUGAUGGUUUCUGAAGACCAACAAAAGAAGGAGAUGCCACCUUUAGAUGCUAGCAAACUUCCUAUUGUAGAAGAGAACAAAUCUGUUCUCUCUUCUGCUAUGAGAGAAGCCCCAACAUCUUUAAGUCAACUUCUUGAUAAUUCUGGAGCUCCUAAUGUUACCAUUAAACCCCCUGGACUUACCAGUCUUGAAGUGUCACCUACAGUGUCAUCAGGGGAGGAUCUAAAAAAGAUAGCUGUCCUUCCUCCACUGCAGGAUCCACCUUCUGGUAAGGAAUCUUCUAAUCCCUUAAACUUGCCUCACAGUAAUGAGUCAUGUUCAACCCAAAUGCACCAAGAAUUGGGCGAGGCCAACUCUAGUGGCACACCAAAUGUACCCCCAACAAUGUCCAGGCCUGUCAACUCCUCCAUUUCUACUCCUUUGCCACCAAACCAAAUAACUGUCUUUGUAACUUCAAACCCCAUUACUACUUCUGCUAAUACAUCAACACCUCUGCCAUCUCACCUGCAGCCUACAUUAAUGUCAACAGUAGUCACAAUGCCCAAUGUGGGAAACAAAGUUAUGGUUUCCGAGGGGCAGUCAUCAGCUCAGUCCAAUGCUCGACCUCAGUUCAUUACACCUGUGUUUAUCAAUUCAUCCUCGAUAAUUCAGGUUAUGAAAGGAUCUCAGUCAAGUACAAUUCCUGCAGCCCCACUGACCUCUAACUCCAAUUUAAUGCCACAGCCUGUGGCAGUGGUUGGCCCUUUACACAUACCCCAGAACAUAAAGUUUUCCUCGGCUCCUGCACCUCCUAGUGUACCAUCCAGUAGUCCUACCCCAAGCAUACCAACCAAUAGGUCAUUGGUUCUUAAUUCUCGGGCAGCACCCAUUCAGCUUCCUUCUCCCCCAUCCACAGCUUCUUCAAUUGUUCCUACACAGACCCCUGUCCAGCAAGUCAAAGAGUUUAGCCCAGAUGAUGCUAGUCCUCAAGUUAGUGUUUCAUCAGAUCAGUGCCCUGUAGCAGCUGCACAGUCAGCAGUGAUGGUUUCACCUCUUCUUACCAGUAGUCCAGGUUCCUCUGGCAACCGAAGAAGCCCAGUUUCAUCUAGUAAGGGCAAGGGGAAAGUGGACAAGAUUGGUCAGAUUUUGUUGACCAAGGCAUGCAAGAAGGUAACAGGAUCUCUUGAAAAAGGGGAGGAACAGUAUGCUGUGGAUGGAGAUGCUGAAGGCCAGGGCCUGGAAAUGCCAGCCCUUUGUAAUGUGGGAACUGAGCAGAUAACUACAGAACCGGACAAUAAGGCCACCACACCCCCGGCACCCACUCUGCUAAAGAUAAGCACUCCUGGGCCUGGCACACCAAGUGUUAGCACCAUGGCUAUUUCUUCUUCCUCAGUACCAGUGGCGCCGAGCUUACUGAGCAGUGCUUCUCCUGCCAGUGCACCAUCUAUGGUAAAUGCCCCAGUGAUUUCAGAGCUUGCUUCCACAACCCCAAAUACUAAAAAUAAUCAUGGUGGCAUAGUGACUGAACAGCUUGGAAUUGGCCUAGUGGAAGAGAAAGCAGGAACCCACCCAGAGCUUCUUCAGAAUAUAGCACCUUCACCAAAUCUGACCCAGAAGGAGAUCCCAGCUGUACCACCUCAGGGACCUGCACACAGACCAGAACUGGAAGCAAAUGCUGCUAUAGUCUCCAGUCAAAGUAAUGAACCCAAGGAGACAGGGGAGAAGUCUAAAACUCCAAGUCGGAGAAACUCAAGAGCUGAGGAGCCCACCACUGCCCAGGAGAGUGGGGAAAAUGGGCAGCGCAAGCGUUCUUCCCGACCAGCAUCAGCUUCUAGCACUUCAAAAGAGCCCGCAGCCAGCGUGAUGCAGUCCAAGCGAAGGAAAUCCAAGUAAAUCACUUCAGGCAACUGGAGACUUGUAAAUGUGUGUGAAUUUUACAAAAAGUAAUUUUGAACUGUGAUUUUUAAGAACAAACACAACAAUUUCUGUACAGUUAAUCGUUCUAAUAAUGCUGCCCUUUUCUCAAACCAUGUAGCCUCUUUAUCAAAAAAUAGUGAGAGGCAAGGUUGAGGAACCAUUCAUAAUGGCAAGAUGAAGUUCAAGUUUUCCAAAAGGAAUUGUUGUCUCUUAGAAAAAAUGACAGCCUACUGUUGUAAAUGUCUAGAUUUCACAUUUGUUUCGUAAGCAAAUUAGCAGACACAGUGGCCGUUCUUAGGUAGCUGGUGAUGUUUUGUGCAGUGGAAGUACUCUGUGAAUAGCUGUAAAGGGGGAAGAAAUAAUCCCUCUCCUUUGGAAAUGUUGUAAAUAAUUUUAUUAUAGAUGAUUUCAGACGUAUUUGUUGUAGAAAAAUGGACCAGUGAAUAAAGAGAAUCUAAGGGUUUGUAUAAUGUGGAAUCCCAAAAGCUCUAAAUAAAUGUCAUUGUUUUAGACCAUGAA